GGAGAAACGUCGCUGGCCCUUCCGGAGGAAACCCGAGAAGCGGCGGGGGAGAUCCAGGUGGACCUGCAAGGCUCGGAGCUCUGGAAAAGGUUCCACGAAAUCGGGACGGAGAUGAUCAUCACCAAAGCCGGCAGGCGAAUGUUUCCCUCGGUGAGAGUCAAAGUGCGAGGCCUGGAUCCGGUGAAACAGUACUACAUCGCCAUCGACGUGGUGCCCGUCGACUCGAAAAGAUACAGAUAUGUCUACCACAGCUCCCAGUGGAUGGUGGCCGGGAACACGGACCACUCCUGCAUCACGCCCCGGCUGUACAUUCACCCGGAUUCCCCUUGUUCCGGAGAGACAUGGAUGCGACAGAUCAUCAGCUUCGAUCGGGUGAAGCUGACCAACAAUGAGAUGGACGACAAAGGGCAUAUUAUUUUGCAGUCCAUGCACAAAUACAAGCCCCGCGUUCAUGUCAUUGUCCAGGAUUCCCGAUUUGAUUUGUCCCAGAUCCAGUCCUUACCAGCCGCUGGCGUGCAGACUUUCUCUUUUAAAGAAACCGAGUUCACAACCGUCACGGCUUAUCAAAACCAGCAGAUUACAAAGCUGAAGAUAGAUCGGAAUCCCUUUGCUAAAGGGUUUAGAGACCCCGGAAGGAACAGAGGAGUAUUGGAUGGACUGCUGGAAUCGUAUCCGUGGAGGCCAUCGCUGACUCUGGACUUCAAAUCGUUUGGGGGAGAAACUCAAGGUGCAAGUCCUGGCUCUUCCCCUGUGACUCCCUCCGUCGGAACCCCUUCUCCUCUCGGCUCCCUCCUGUCGUCCCCCGCCUGUUCUGCUCCCGCAUUCCACUUGUCUGCAAGCAACGUCGGGAUGUCCUGCCCGGAAUCUUACCUCCACCAUCUCGGCCUCCCCCUCUGCUACAGGCUCUGCCCGACCGGCCUUUUAAGGCAGCCAUCGCUGAUGUUCCCCGGCCAUGACAAACUGGGCCACGCGGCCAGCCCUCCCCUCCUGCCCCAUUUCAUGGUGGACGUGCCCUCCCUGUCUUCCCUCAGCAUCCGGAACGUGAAAAGCGGCAAAGCUGAAGACUCGAAUGGACCCGGCCUGCCAGGCCCUGCUUCUGCCAGUCACGUGUUCUACGGUUUGCACGCGUCCGGAAACAUUUUCCCCUCCGGUCCCAUUACCCGGGAAGCGCUGAAUUGUGCUCUGCACCCCCCGUACGGUUUCUACGGCUAUAACUUGGCAGUGCCUUCCAGGCUGAUGAAUGCGGCUGGCCAUUUCAAAGCCGGCAAUGGCCUCCCGUCCCCUCUCCGAGAGGGCAGAUGUGGCCAUCCCCACUGGCCGGCAGCAAUCAACCACUGCCUCUGA